AAGGAAGUUUUCAUUCGGGAAAAUCGGCAACAAUCAUGUGCGGUUAGAUCCGUGUGUACGCGGUCUAUCGUUAGCUUUUAUUCCCAGGCAUUCUACGCCACUCUCGUCUUUUUUAUCCUGUUCUUCAGUAUAUAAUGAUUGUUUGGUUUACAAAGAGUGAUUACAUCAGUUUCUCUCAGACACGAUGCCACAUGACAAAGCUCAUAUACAUGACUUGAGCAACUCUGGCGGUGUUGUUAUGGAGCGAAGAAGAGCUUUGACAAUUUCACCUGUAGGAAAGCUUGAUAGCUACCGGUCUGGAAAUCCAUUACAAAUCCUCAAGAGAAGAGUUCCCUCUGGUGAAAAUGAGUGUACAGAUGCAGCAACAUAUGUAGGAAUGCACCCCAAGAUCCACUGGACACAGCUGGCUUCGAAUGGAGCCUCCUCUCAGCCCAUUCAGCAUCAUAACCGAAACCAAGCUGUAGGUCACAAUCAGAAUGACGCAACAUUGUUGGAUAUUAACAGGCGAGAGUUGAAAGUGAUUUUGACAGACGUGCUCCAGACAAAGGUGGGGCGGAGCUACUUGACUAGUUGUGGGAUUGAUUCCAAAAUAAAGGACCUGUCAGAGUGUAAAGGAGAAGCCAGAGAGAGGUGGCGUGACAGAAGACACUCAGCAGAGCAGAAAGUCAGAAAGGAAUGUAGUUCAUCUCGCUGGCAACAAAUGAACUUCUCAGACUUCUCAGACAAUACUACUAACAUUCUUUACACCAAACAGCUUGAAUCAGCCUCUGUUGAGAAAAAUGAUACGCACCCAGCCAAAGAAACCAAGUCUCCACUGUCGAAAAAACUCAAAAGAAUCCAUGAUUCGCCAGAACGAACAGAGCCAACUACUUCAGACGAAGUGGAAUUAUUUUCUGAAGAGCUUGUGAAUCAUCAUGGCGAGGACGACGAACUAUGUCCAGUUGAAGAAAGAGACUCUGCAAGCCCCCUUCAUUCUGAAGGGAUAGACGUAGCUGAGGGAGAGCAGAGUGUAAAAUCCAUGCUCAUGGAGACUCCAAGACGCAGUCCCUCACGUCUUAUGCUCCUGGGGCGCCGCCACAUAAUGGGACAUCCAAGGACGGAAGGACGUCCUAGUCAGCACAACACCAGUGAGGCAGAAAUGCAAGAAUACUCAGAAGAUGAGGGAGUAAGAGAGGAAGAACAGAAAAAAGAGGAACAUCAUCAAGACCAGAAUGGAGAAAUGAGAGAGGAUUGGGGAGGGGCCAGGAGGAGUGUCCUGCGCCUUUCAGCAGUUGGGAGCCAGCUGGGAUUGGCCGAUGGAGAGGUCCCACCCAAACGCAGUCAGCUGCACAGCUCUCUGGAUAAAACUAUCCUUAAUUCAAAAUGUGUGGAAGACAGAAAAGCCUCUCAACAACAUACACCUGAACCGAUUGUUCUUUCCAGUGAGGAAGAGGAAGAGAAGCAUGAAGAUAGCAGUACAUUACAACUCCAAACACUAGAGGGAGCUAAAGACACAGACACACCACAGAGUCUUGCACAUGCCACAGCAAGAAAAAAGAUUCCUUAUCCACAUGCUCAUACCUCAGACAUACACAUCCAGUCUUCAAGCUUUGUGGACUCCACCUUCAGGGGGACUACAGAGAUUGAGCUCCAGUUCUCUGCCCUCCACAUGGGUGGCCUCAGUGCCUUCAUCAGCGGACUUAUAAAGAUCACAGAUGACAUAAUCACGAUUAUAUUGAAAGGCCCUUCAGUAAAUGAGGUGAUGGCUUUCUUGCCGACAGCACAUGUGCUCAAUUACAGUGUGUGGACUGGGUCUGUGGUGCAGGACAGCAGAUUGGUUAAAAACAACGAAACCCCGCCCCCAUCUCUGCUCCUCCUUUGGCUUUCUGAAGCUCAGGCUCGGCACUUGUCCAGUGAUCUUUCUGUCAUUCAGCCAGGGAGGUGCCCAGCUGAAGGCAGCGUGUGUGUACUAUUGUGCGUGUCUGAGGAUUUGAAGGGAGUGCAGGGGGCCCUGCUUGCCUCGAUAAUGGACAUUGUGGGCCUCAGACACGGAACCACUAGCCUCCUCUCAUCACUCAGCCACUUGGAGAGCCUGAAGCUUCUGCAAAGUGAGCCACACUUGCUACAGCUGUUGCGGCCCCGAGCCGAAACGCACACCACCGCAUACGAGGGCUCCAUGGCUACGCAUGCAGCAAGGGACUCUGAAGUUCAGCCAAACUCAGUCUACACGCUUUGUCACAGCAGAGCCAAGGGUGCAUACAGCGUUUCCAUGGCGCCCAGACCUGGAGUAGUGUGGAGCCCGUACUGUCACCGUGGCCCUGCACACAGGCUGAUCCAGUUCCCACCACCACCAUCAAAAGGAGCCAUUACUGUGACUACAGAGGACCUGGAGUGCCUGGAUAGCGGGAAGUUCCUCAAUGAUGUCAUAAUUGACUUCUAUCUCAAGUACCUGCUGGUGCAGAAGGCACCUCUUUCGUCAGCGAGAAGGUCUCACGUUUUCAGUAGUUUCUUCUACAAACAGCUCACACGGCGUGACAACGCUAAUGAAGACAGCACCAACACACCAACCCUGCAUAGAAGGCACCAGCGUGUGAAGACAUGGACACGUCAUGUUGAUAUUUUUGAUAAAGACUUCCUGUUUGUGCCUGUCAAUCAAGAAGCUCACUGGUAUUUGGUGGUCAUCUGCUUCCCCGGGAUGAACCAGCCACAGUACGUGACUAGAGAACCCCAGGACUUUGUGCAAGAUGGGACUGAGAACUCCAGUGACUCCGCGUCUGGCAGUGAAGCUCAGGAGGUUAAUAAAUCCAGCGCUGAUGCGGACAGACAUUCAGAUGAAACUAGUUCAAGGUCUGAUUCUGCUCCUAGUCCACCAAACUGUACAGAAAAGACCUCUAAAUGGCAGACUGUAUGUAAGAGGCCCUGCAUUUUGAUUAUGGACUCUUUGAAGCUAUCUGUCCACGAGCGCAUUUUCAAGCUAUUACGCGAAUAUCUGCAGAUAGAGUGGGAGGUAAAAAGAGCAGGAAGAGAAGGAUCUCGAGAUUUCAGUGCGGAGUGGAUGGUAGGCUCGCACUGCAAAGUGCCCCUGCAGGACAACAGUAGUGAUUGUGGCCUGUAUUUACUACAGUAUGCAGAGAGCUUUUUACAGGAUCCUGUGGUGCACUUUGACCUUCCGCUGAAACUAGAGUCCUGGUUCCCACGGCAGCAGGUGCGAGAGAAACGGGAGGAGAUCCGGGACCUUGUGCUGUACUUGUACCGAGUUCAGCAAAGCUCGAAGGACAGAACUGAAACGGGAAAUAUCAUUCAGUAGUGUCAUGCGUUCAGAAGAAUAUGCUCAUUUUACAUUUUAUUUAUUGCCUGUAUAUCUUGUCCCUGUUCUUAGGCCUUUUAUAUGUUUUUAAGCUUUUGUACUCAUAAAUGCAAAACCACGUGUUUAGAAUGUAAUAAAUUUUUUAAAAUGAA